AUCCCAACUCAAGCAGUAAAGCUAACUCCUAAUACUCCUAGUUGUUUACUAAUUAAGAAGACUUUGUUUUUCAAUUCUCGACAAUGAGUAGUUCUAUUAUGUCUCUGAAACCUUUUACUGUCUUCACAUAUUUUAUCCUUUUUUGUCUUCUGACCAUUUCUUGCUCUUGUUUUAACCUAAAACGUCUCAAUAAUGUAUCUAAAGUUGAAUCGGAUUCCGACUGGUCCCCAGCCGGAGCUACUUGGUAUGGAAGCCCUAGUGGUGCAGGAAGUGAUGGUGGAGCUUGUGGGUAUACUAAUGACGUGGACCAACCACCAUUCUCCUCCCUAAUAGCCGCUGCUGGCCCUUCUCUAUUCAAAUCAGGAAAAGGCUGUGGUGCUUGUUUUCAGGUAAAGUGCACGGAAAAUAAAGCAUGCUCAGGAAAGCCAGUGAGAGUUGUAAUAACAGAUUCGUGUCCCGGAGGACCUUGUCUUUCAGAAUCAGCACAUUUUGAUUUAAGUGGCACUUCUUUUGGAGCUAUGGCUCUUUCAGGACAAGCUGAGCAAUUGCGUAACGCUGGAGUUCUUCAGAUCCAAUAUAAAAGAGUGGAGUGCAACUACCCCGGAGUAAAAUUGACAUUUCACGUAGACUCGGGUUCAAAUCCCAACUAUUUUGCAGCUCUAGUUGAGUACGAAGACGGUGACGGUGACCUAAACAGAGUUGAAUUAAAGCAGGCAUUGGAUUCAGAAUCAUGGCAACCAAUGCAACAAUCAUGGGGUGCUGUGUGGAAGCUCAAUUCUGGCUCCUCUUUAGUAGCACCUUUUUCUCUCAAACUUACAGGGGAAUCCGGCCAGACUGUGGUGGCUAACGGCGUUAUUCCGGCUGGUUGGCAGCCCGGAAAAACUUAUCGAUCAGUUGUCAAUUUUAAAGUCUAGCUUAAUAAUGUUAAAAUUAUAUAGUAGUAUUGGUAGACUUUGUUAUGUUGGCAAAGUCAAAAUAAUUAGGAUGACUAGAAGAAUAAAGUAGAAAAAUAUUGUGGCUGUUGUGUAUUUUUAAUAUAUUAAUACCACGCCAUUUGUUAGGGUUAAUUUAGUACUGCCAUAUGAGCAGUAAUGAAUAUCAAUUAUCUGUCUAUCCUA